GUAGUGUAGGGCGUGAGUGUGAUUUGUAACGUACAAUCCCUCUCUGGUUUAAGGCUAAUUACUAUUUUGUCCGGUUAAGACCAAUAAGACUGUUGAGAGAGAUGGGGAGAAGUGAACAUGACAUUCAAACACGUACACUGCCACCGGUGUGCUGAUCCCGACAAUCGCUGCACCAAACUCAGGCCAGGCCAAGGGAACAAUGGCAAAGGAAUCCGCGGUUCUGUGCGAAAUUACCCACUCGUCAAUGCCACUAGCUUUGCCUCCUGAUGAUCCAAGACUGAAGCACCGCGUGGAGAACACCUACUGCCUGGAGCCGCCAGAGCGGUUUCAGGUCUUGCGCGUGCGGGAGCUGGUGGAGCGCCGCCUGGCGGAGACGUUGCAAGGCGUGCAGUACGACCCGGAGCGGUGCCGUGGCCUGGCCGUCACGUUAGCCGACUUCAUACGCAAGGAUAUCAUGGAUGAGGGCCUGCUAAGGUACAAGUUGGCAUGUCACGUCAUUGUAGGUGAGAAGAUGGACCAAGGGAUGACGGUCGGCUGUCGCUGCCUCUGGGACAGCACCAGGGACAACUUCGCCACGGCCACGUACGAGAACCAGUCGCUAGUAGCUGUGGCCACAAUCUUCGCCCUGUACUAUGAGUAGCCUAUUUGGCGCCGGCGACUGAUCACUGCCGGCCGGCCCUGAGGCGAUCGUGCCGCGCCCAGCCAUGCAGACGGGCUCGCACGCUGCCGUGACGUGUCUCGAGUCGGGCUGGUUCAUCGACGAGCUGGCGCAGCUGACCGAGAUCUACGGGCCGGCGGCCGGCGCCGCCCCCGUGCCCGAGCUGCCGCUGCUGCGGUCGGACGCCCGCCUCUGGGACAUUCGCACCCCAUUUCUGAUGGACCAGCAGGCGGCGCGGCUGGCGCGCGAGCUCGAGACGGGCGCCGGCGAACCUCGGCGCCGGCGACGGCCACGACCGCCCCACCCGACGGCGCCCUGUCCCGUCUUGUGCGCGCUGGAGCGGCUGCUGGCCGAGCGGCGCGCGGCCGUCGACGCCGACGCCGACCCCGACCAGGGGCCGACAGCCGACGAUUACCGGAGCAACAACGCCUCGGCUCGACAGGCGGCACGACGGCUGCUGGAGCGAGCCGCCGCCGCCGCCAGCUCGGCGCCGCUGCUGCCCCUCCACGACGCCAACCCGGCCGACCGGCCACGCCUGCUCACGCUCGACGGCCGCCGGUACGUGCUGCCCGCCCGCAGCCGCUUCCUCUGCGAUGACGUCACCAGAUCGUUCGAAGGCGACGGUGUGGUGCAGCGGCUGCUCGGCGGCGGCGCGAGAUUUGACUGCAUCCUGCUGGACCCACCCUGGACAAACAAGUUCGUGCGCAGGAAACGGCGCCACCUGGAGACCGAUGGGUACGAGUUCCUCGAGUCAGCCAGUCUGGCGCGUCUGCCGGUGGCACGGUUGGCGGCUGACGGUGCCCUGGUGGCCGUGUGGUGCACCAACAGCGCAGCCCAUCAGCACACGCUACGCCAUGUGCUCUUCCCCGCCUGGGGGGUGACUGAGUGCGCCACCUGGCACUGGGCCAAGGUGACCCAGCACGGCAGGCCGGUGAGCGCGGCCGGCCAGCACUCCAAGCGGCCGUACGAGCCACUAGUGCUGGGCCGUCGGGGGCCGCCGGGGGCCGUCGGCCCGCCGCCGCCGCCGCCCCACCGGCUGCUGGUGAGCGUGCCGUCAGCCGUGCACUCUCGUAAGCCGCUGCUGCAUGAGGUGCUGCGGCCCUACUUGCCGCCCGACUACCGCGGCCUGGAGGUGUUCGCCCGCUCGCUGUUGCCCGGCUGGACGAGCUGGGGGGACCAAGUGCUGCUGCUACAGGAGCUGGGGGCCCUCCUGUUGCCGGAGGCCGGCUGCGGGGACACGCCGCACCAGACCGCCCAGGUCACAUGUGCAGACGGAGACGCGCCGCACGGAGAUGGAGACACGCGGCGCGAGCAAGAGGACGUGAACUCCGGGAACGUGGGUCCCAUGUACAAGGACGAGGACGCGGAGUGCCGCGACACGCGUGGCGAGGACAGUGGCGCAGGACAUGCUAACGGGAAGAUGUGCCACAUCAGCCGGGACGCUAGCCACGAAGAGCGGGGCAGCAGUGUGGGGCGAGCGUCCAGCCAGUGUCAGCGCGCUGGAAACGGCCACGAGUGUGCAUCGUCGUGAUCGGUCUCGCCGCUCCGGCUGUUCGGAGUGAAGUUCACGCCAGUGAGCCAGGUCACGGGCGUCACAGUAUGUGUGUUAGUACGUAUGUUGCCGGUGUGUCCGGGUGUAUUGAGCCCCCCCCCCCCCCUCAUUGUGCGUAGCCGGUUGCAGAACCGCCGUCUUUGAUCAACCGGCUAGUCGGAUGCAGACACGAACAUUGCUUCCGUCCAUUACCUCCGCCUGGUAAUGCCCGUCAUUAUCGGCCAUUGAGAGCAAUUCAGUUUGCUGAGGGCGAUCGAUCCUUGGCAUGGAAAUUGCGUUGUGACUGAGGUGAGACUACACGGUGAUGUCUUGGUUCCCAUGACCCGCCCUGGUAAGCUUGCGAUGGCCAUGCUCUGGCCGCAGUCCGCAUGUGGACAACAGCGUCAGGCUGGUGGGCAUCACCAGUGACUGCGUUUCACGACAAAGCGACUACGCCUGUAUACCUCGUCUGUUUACUUCGUCUGUUCACAACACGUACACUGUCCAUCACACAAAACAAAUACGAGUGCUGCACGUCGCCUGGCACAAUACAGCCUCGCCCUUCUGAG